UUACACAAACGUCCAUUGAAGAAAAUUGGCCUUGGAAAAGCCAGACCAGCUAUUUAUUACAAGUUCAACUGUGCUACUGAAUACAGUGACGGUGCUGUUGUUAUUAGAAGAUCCCAGUAUCCAAAGGAUGAACUUAGAUUGAUCCAAGAUAUGCGUAACUCUCCACUUUGGAACUCGACUAGAACCGAUCUAGAAGUUGUCGAUGCCAACGCCGGUGGUAGAUUAGAGAAGUUCAAGCAGAAGUUUGCACAAUUUGCUGUUAAGGAGGAUACUGAAGAGACUAGUAAACCAUCAUCAGUUGACUCCAAGAAUAAGACUGAAAAGAAGAGUGAAACGAAGGAAGCAUCCGCAAAGGAGACCGAAGAACCAGUUAAGGAAGCAAAGAGUGAAGGUGACGGCUUCAUGCUUGAUGAUUACUUGGAGCUCUUGGGACAGAACGUUCAGGAGGUUCAAAAGGGUGGUAAACUUGCAGUCAAGCAAAAGGGUAAGAAG